UACACACUCUUUGCUCUCACAAUCAUCAUCAGAACAAGUAGCUUAUUUUCGAAAACAACCAAAGAAUAAGAAGUUGUAAAUGGCAGCUGGUUUAGUAGAUGAAGAACAGGAGAUUCUGGAGUCCUAUAAUUUGGAAACUCAAAAGACUGAGCUAGACGAUGAUGGAAAAAUAACAAGAACUGGGACCGUGUGGACUGCAAGUGCGCAUAUAAUCACAGCCAUAAUUGGUUCUGGAGUUCUUUCACUGGCUUGGGCUGUAGCCCAACUUGGAUGGGUAGCAGGCAUCGGCACACUCUUAAUCUUCGCAGGCAUCACACUUUACACUUCUGCUCUGUUAGCAGAUUGUUAUAGGUACCCUGAUCCUGUCACUGGGAAAAGAAACUACACUUACAUGGAGGUUGUCAAAGCCCACUUAGGAGGAAGAAUGCACAUGUUGUGUGGGCUUGUCCAGUAUGUAACCCUGAGUUUGUUCGCAGUGAGCUACACAAUCACCACUUCAACAAGCAUGGUGGCUAUAGGGAAAUCAAACUGUUUUCACAAGGAAGGUCAUGAAGCCAAAUGCAAGUUCUCCUACAAUCCAUACAUGGUUGGAUUUGGGAUUGCUCAGAUUUUUGUCUCUCAGAUCCCAAAUCUCCACAAACUAUGGUGGCUCUCUAUUUUGGCUGCCACCAUGUCUUUUGGAUAUGCAUCAAUUGGGAUGGGACUGUCAUUAGCAAAAAUUGUCUCAGGAAGCGGGGAAAGAACCACUCUGACUGGGAGAGAAAUUGGAGAAGGCUUAAACGCAGCAGCUAAAGUCUGGACAAUGUUCAGAGCGAUUGGUGACAUCGCUUUUGCUUCUACAUACACUUGCAUUCUAAUUGAAGUACAGGACACGCUAAGGUCAUCACCCCCUGAAAACAAAGUGAUGAAGAAGGCUAACAGUAUAGCUGUGUUAACAUCAACUACUUUCUACUUGUUGUGUGGUUGCCUUGGCUAUGCUGCUUUUGGGAAUGAAGCACCAGGCAACUUGCUCACUGGUUUCGGAUUCUACGAGCCCUUCUGGUUGAUUGACAUGGCCAAUCUCUUCAUUGUGAUCCAUCUCAUUGGAGGCUACCAGGUAGCAUCCCAGCCGGUAUUCAUUGCCUUCGAAUCAUGGGCGAGCAAGAGGUGGCCUAAGUCGAGAUUCGUAACGAGGGAGUACCCGCUGAGAAUUGGCAACAAAGACUUCAAUUUUAGCAUCAACUGUCUGAGGCUAACAUGGAGAACAGCAUAUGUUGUGACGGGCACGGUGGUUGCCAUGGCAUUGCCCUUCUUCAAUGACAUAAUAGCGCUCCUUGGAGCCAUUGCGUAUUGGCCAUUGUCAGUUUAUUUUCCAAUAAAACUGCACAUCAGGCAGAGUAUGGUUAGACAGGGAAGUAUCAAGUGGUUACUCCUCCAGCUUUUGAAUCUGGUCUGCCUUCUUGUUGCCAUAGCUGCGGCAAGUGGUGCCAUUGAGGGUUUGUACAAAGGCCUUAAAACUUACAAGCCCUUCAAGUUCUGAGAAGCAGGCUCUUCAUUGUUGUGGUUCUCAAGAGGAUCAUGGGACGGGAAACGAAUUCGAAGCCGCUCCGGAUUGACUAUGCUAUUUAUGUCUUUAAUAUAACUUCUCUGAAAUAUGUUCAUUGUAGAAACAUUGUCUUCACAGCAUCAGUGUACUUCAUUUCACAGCACA